GUUCUUCUAAACAAAUCUUUCACCGUCGUCUUUUACGUAGACAAUUGCAAAAGAUUGCUCCAUUUCGAUUGGCUUUGUAUUUGAAAUACGACGGAAAAGUGAGACGUUAUUGAGCGUAUCUGUUUUCAUCAUAGAAAACGUCCAUUAAUUGUUUGCCAGCCAGCUUCUGCUACCAGCAUUUGUGAAAAUGGUUUUAGCGGAUCUAGGUCGUAAAAUCACGAAUGCUUUGCAUUCGCUCAGCAAAGCAACAAUCAUCAAUGAGGAAGUGUUGGAUGCCAUGCUCAAGGAGAUAUGCACAGCCCUUCUCGAAGCGGAUGUCAACAUUCGUUUGGUGAAAAAGUUGCGCGAAAAUGUGCGCUCCGUCAUAGACUUCGAUGAAAUGGCCGGUGGUUUGAACAAGCGACGCAUGAUUCAGUCGGCGGUAUUCAAGGAACUGGUCAAGCUGGUUGACCCCGGUGUAAAACCGUACCAACCGGUCAAGGGACGCCCCAACGUGAUCAUGUUUGUUGGUUUGCAAGGCUCAGGCAAGACGACGACCUGUACUAAACUGGCCUACCAUUAUCAGAAGAAGAACUGGAAAUCAUGCUUGGUUUGCGCGGAUACGUUCCGUGCCGGAGCGUACGAUCAAAUCAAACAAAACGCCACCAAAGCACGCAUCCCAUUCUACGGUAGCUACACCGAGGUGGACCCAGUCGUCAUCGCACAAGACGGCGUAGAUAUGUUCAAGAAAGAGGGCUUUGAGUUUAUCAUCGUCGAUACUAGCGGUCGCCACAAGCAGGAGGAAUCACUGUUCGAAGAAAUGUUGGCCGUGGCCAAUGCAGUCAAUCCGGACAAUAUCAUUUUCGUUAUGGAUGCCACCAUCGGCCAGGCCUGCGAGGCACAAGCGAAGGCUUUUAAGGAAAAGGUUGACAUUGGUUCGGUGAUUAUCACCAAGCUCGAUGGUCACGCCAAGGGUGGUGGAGCUUUAUCGGCGGUUGCAGCAACAAAUUCUCCUAUCAUCUUUAUCGGAACGGGUGAACAUAUCGAUGACUUGGAGCCCUUUAAAACGAAACCCUUCAUUAGCAAACUACUUGGAAUGGGCGAUAUUGAAGGUCUGAUAGACAAAGUGAACGAACUAAAGCUAGACGACAACGAGGAGCUGAUUGACAAAAUCAAACACGGCCAGUUCACAAUUCGUGACAUGUACGAGCAAUUCCAGAACAUAAUGAAAAUGGGUCCAUUCUCGCAGAUCAUGGGAAUGAUUCCGGGAUUUUCGCAAGAUUUUAUGACCAAGGGUGGCGAACAGGAAUCGAUGGCGCGAAUCAAGCGGCUCAUGACGAUGAUGGAUUCCAUGUCUGACGGAGAACUUGACAACAAGGAUGGUGCCAAACUGUUCAGCAAACAGCCAACCAGAAUAACGCGCGUGGCACAGGGGUCCGGUGUGAUGGAACGGGAAGUUCGAGACCUAAUAUCGCAGUACACAAAGUUUGCGGCGGUCAUUAAGAAGAUGGGUGGAAUCAAGGGCUUAUUCAAGAGUGGCGAUAUGACGAAAAAUGUUAAUCCAACACAAAUGGCCAAAUUGAACCAGCAAAUGGCGAAAAUGAUCGAUCCUCGUAUGUUCCAGCAGAUGGGCGGUAUGAGUGGCUUGCAAAAUAUGAUGCGACAGCUACAGCAAGGUGCUGGAGGAUUGGGCAACCUAAUGAGCGGUUUUGGAGGAAAAUAGAGAGAGUGCGUUCAUGUCCGUUGAACAUUUCUAAAUGGGCCGUACAUAUUCAGAUCGGUGCGUUCGAGAUAAGCACGGAGGCAAGUGGCGUGUGUAUUUUUGUUAUUUUUAUUGGUUUAUGCACGUGAGUGUGCAAAUAAUUAAAAAAUAAAUAGAAAAAAUCAGUAUGACUUUGAAA